AGAGAUUGCGCGGAGCCCACGCGAGCCCUGGUACGCCGGAGACAACGAGGCUCUUGGGAAGGCGCGGAGCCCCGGGGAGCAGGGGAUGUGCGCGUGGGCCGUUCCCGCAGGGUCUCCGCGCCUCCGCCACCUUUCUUGGGUGGCUCUCCGCCUCGUCCACCCUCCGAGGGCCGUUGGUACAUUCCUAGUGACUCCAAGCGCUUAAAAGGGGCCCGGGAGGGUGAAUCCCACAGAUCUGAACCUGAUUUGUGUGCGCGUCGCGCCUCCAACGAGCCCGGAUCCACUGCGCUGCCAGGGGCGUGGGGGUGGGUCUCUUGCUGUCUCUGCGACGACAUCCUUACGUUUUGGCAUUCGAAUGCUGGGUUUGUGCGUGUGCGUCUGCUUAGCGGUCUAGCGGGCUGUUAGGCUCCCUCGCCCCCAGCUCCUUGGCUCGCUCAGCUCCUCCACCGCAGCACAGCAGUGAGACGCGCGCGCCGCCAGCUCCGCACGAGAUGGAGCAGACCGAAGUGCUGAAGCCACGGACCCUGGCGGAUCUGAUCCGCAUCCUGCACCAGCUCUUCGCUGGCGAUGAGGUCAGUGUAGAGGAGGUGCAGGCCAUCAUGGAAGCCUACGAGAGCGACCCCACCGAGUGGGCAAUGUACGCCAAGUUCGACCAGUACAGUCGUGGUCGUGGUUUGCAGUUUGUUGUUUGUGGUGGCAGUGGUGGUGGUUGGUUGUGGUAUACCCGAAAUCUUGUGGAUCAAGGAAAUGGAAAAUUUAAUCUGAUGAUUCUCUGUUGGGGUGAAGGACAUGGCAGCAGUAUUCAUGAUCAUACCAACUCCCACUGCUUUCUGAAGAUGCUACAGGGAAAUCUAAAGGAGACAUUAUUUGCCUGGCCUGACAAAAAAUCCAAUGAGAUGGUCAAGAAGUCUGAAAGAGUCUUGAGGGAAAACCAGUGUGCCUACAUCAAUGAUUCCAUCGGCUUACAUCGAGUAGAGAACAUAAGCCAUACGGAACCUGCCGUGAGCCUUCACUUGUACAGUCCACCUUUUGAUACGUGCCAUGCCUUUGAUCAAAGAACAGGACAUAAAAACAAAGUCACAAUGACAUUCCAUAGUAAAUUUGGAAUCAGAACUCCAAAUGCAACUUCGGGCUCGCUGGAGAACAACUAAGGACCACCAAACCCUCUGAGGUUUUACUUUAAGGCUCGCUGUAUGUUUGCCUUGGACAAAAAGGCUACCUACCACGUGCUAUCCAGUAAUAUACUUAAAUAAGCCAAUACUUAGAUCUACUGUAAGGCAGAUGCUAAUUAUAAGGCAUUAAGUAAGCAAAUAGUGCCCUCGGCUACUGCAGAAGAAAAGUCCCUCUGAGGAAAAGAAAGUCCUGUGAUUUUUAAAGGCAAGUUGUCAAGUGCUCUCAUAGUUCUAGCUUCUAAUUCCAUUAAAUCCAUACUAGGAGCGUCAGUGAGGAUUUUCAUAGCUUUUGGAAAUACUUUGGUCUCUGAACUGUAAUUAGCAAGAAGUAAAAACAGAAACAUCAAACAUCAUAUGUUUGCUUUGUUACCUGGAGGACUAAAUGUAGAUGUCUUUAGUAUACUUUGUAUGUUCUUAAUAUUGGAAGAUAAUUUUGUGAAUCUGUAGAUUUUAUUUUUUCAGUCUUACCUUACAAAUUUCUUUUCUAUGAAUAAUAGAGGAACUUACGGCACUCUGCCGUUUGGUAAUGAAAGGAAGUGCAGAGGAUUUAGAAAAGUACAUGCUCCCCAGACCACAACAGACCAAAACAUAAACUCAUGUCUGCAUCCCAUGGUCAUAGUCAAAGAUUUUGUAUUGCUAAAAUUGCCAAAUAAUUUUAAUAAAGUGGAUUUGAACACAA